AUGAAGAUCGUGGUAGUCAUCGAACGCCAAAAAUACCAUCUCUUCACAGCGUAUGCUCCGCAGACUGGAUGUUCCGAGCAAAUCAAGGACACCUUCUGGAACCUGCUCGAUGAAAAGACAGCUGAAGCACCGUUACAAGAGGCCAUAGAUGUCGGAGGUGACCUCAACGGUCACGUGGGCGCUACGAAAGACGGUUAUAGCUGCCAUGGGAUUUUGCAUAUGGGUCACGUAACACUGAUGGCGAGCGAAUUGUCGAAUAUGCAGACCCGCAUAAUCUCGCCAUUGUUAACACGAGAUUUCGCAAUGUGA